AUGAAGUUUGCAGGCCACGAAAAUUCCGACACCUUCUUCGGCUCGUACAUGCCUCAAAUAAGCACCGUCGACGGGCAAUCCAGCUACUGGGGAAAAGCGCGCCGCAUUGUCUACCUCGAGGGCUUCCGCGGCCUCUCGCUGCAGCACCACCCGCAAAUGCUGCAAUCGCUGCCGGCUAAGGUGGAGGCGAAUCUGAAAGAGCGCGCCGACUUUAUCGCACUCAACGAGGAGAUCGAGUCCCUCGGAGAACGAAUCCGACGCCUUCCAGUCGAGCACGACAGCAAGCGAGAACGGACCCGCCGGGAGGAACUGUACUGGCAGAAACGCCAGAUGGUGUCGGAAGAGCUCAGCAGGUGGCAGGAGAUCCAACCCCGGAAGGUCAACCAGAACACCGAAACCGAGGCCUCGCCUGUCGCAUCGUUACCCAGCUUCUUCAGUCGCGUCCGGCGGUUGGAUCCGCCUCGUGACCGUCUGGCCUCCUCUCUUUUUCUCGACGUUCCUCUCCGGAGCCCCGAGGGGCGGGCGGCUCUCCAAGAUAUGAUUACCCUGUGUCAAGAGAACCCCAAGGUGGCCUACCGCCCGAGUCUGCGUCCAGAGAGCGGCCGUUGCCCUGUAUCGGCGUGCGCGGUAGAGAUGGAAAGCCUCCGUCUCGCGGCCCGAUGGGAUCACAUUUACCGAUGCCACAAAGCCAGUCUCGCGGCCAAACACGGCACGACCGAGCUGUGCUUCCAGUGUGACGAGUGGAUCACCGGCAAGCAGGGCUGGCGCGAGCAUUGCCGGCGCCAUUUGAACGAUCUCGAGUCACUCCCCGUCCGGUGGAAUCCUCUGAUCUUUCGUCAGACCUUGGCCGCGGCUGGUCACUGCCCCUUCUGCCUAUUCAACCCGCUUCCCCCGCCCGACGAGCGGUUCCGUCAGUACACUAAAAAGCCGGCCUGGCAGCAGCACCUGGACGGGCAUUUUGACGGGCUCGAGAAGCAGGACGAGCUCGCUCUCGCGUCGGACGAGAUAAAGGCGACGCCGUCGUAG